UUUUUUUUCUUUUUUUUUUUUCUUUUUAUCUCUCUCUCUCUCUCUCUCUUUAUACUAUAAUUAUGACGUGGUCAAUGGGAAUGAUAAAGGAACCUUACUCUCCUUUAGCUUCCAAACAAAUUAUAGAUUCACAUAAUCCAAUACAAUUAGCAGCCAUUUCUAAUUACAAACUUGCUCAACUUACAUUUGCACCUCCUGAUCUUCAUUCAUUAAGAAAAACCGCGGUAGUUAAGAACAUGAUUGAAGAUAUCUAUGCAAAUACCCCAGUGGAAUGGUUACAGCAAAUGACUCGAUGGCAAUAUUUUACACCUGAGUCGUUGGAAGAAAUGACACAAGAAGGCUUAGAAGAAAUAUUUGCACAAUAUGCACAAAUUAUUGAAACAUUUCGGCCUAUAAAAACAACUUAUCAAUAUGAGGAUGAUCUAUUUUUUGAUGAUGAUGAUGAAGAAGGGGAAGUAGGAGACGAACUUUGGAUAGCAGAAGAACAGCAGGAACAAAUAUCAAAGACAGAUUCGGUCAAUUCUACAACAUCCACUUUAUUCUCACAUCCAAACGCUACACUUUCAAAUCAUGAACCUCAGCCACAGUUCUCUGAAAAACCUUUACCUCCUCUUGUAGAUGAUACAGCCAAACAAGCACGUCAUAAAAGCGGUUUUAGUACACAACGUCGACUUAGUUGGACAAGUGAUACGGGUAUUACUUCUAGUAUCGUUUCUCAAAACUUGGCAAAUGAAAUAAUGAGUCUUUUUGAUAUGGAUUUCGCUAUUGAUAUUAAACUUGAUACUGCUCCCAAGUUACCAGAAUUACCUUUUAGUAAACCACGAAGACGCUCUCAACGACAAUCACAGGAUAUGUUGACAAGUUUAUUGCCGGCAUUUGAAAAAAUUGCCUUGGAGAAUUCAAAACCUAUGAUAAUAAAACCUGAACUUGUCAUUCAAUCAGUACCUAAACGUUCUUCUUCUUUACGAAAUCGAGAAGAAAUAACAUCACCUACUACACCCAAUCCUUCACCAGUUCAUAAAACUGUCUCAAAACAGAAAUCACUUUUACAUCUUGCCUCUCUUAUGACAGGGAAAAAGAGUAAUAAACAAGAGCUUCCUAUCAGCCCAGAGUCAAUUCAGUGCAGUACUGAUUCUAAUACUUCUUUACCUCAAAGUGUAAGAGGUGGAAGUACAUCCACUGUUAAUUCUACCUCAAGCUCUUCUUCAUCUUCGUCGUGGUGUUCAACAGAAGGGAACAUCCAUAUAAUACAACAACAAAAGCCUUUACCUGAGAUACCAGUAAAAUCUCAUAAACGUCAUUCAUUGAAAAGGAAGAAAAAAUCAGCGACACUAAAGCGUUCGAUUUAUGAAGAAAAGAAAGAUACUAAUCUGAGUAGAUCUCAGUCAGCUCUUUUAAAGAUCGGGUUGAAACAUAAGAAUCAUAAGCAGACAAUUCGAAGGAGUUCUUCAGCUAAAGACUUAUCAAGUCAAGACAUGAUACAGUCAGCAGGAAACAUAGAUGAAAUGUAUAAAUCAGAAGAAAUAAUUGUAAAACAGCAUUCGAAUAGUUUUGUUAAACGUAUGACUUCCUUUCAUUGGCGUAUGAAAACACGCCAUCAGAAACCUGUAGUGGAGGUUUGAAAACAUAAUUGAAAUCAGAUAUACCCACUUUUACAUCAUAAACACCACAGAAAUUUGAAUUAUAUUCUAUAUUGACAUAUUCUCGCAUAAUUUAGAUAUUAAACAAAUAAAUAAAUAAAUUAAAAGAAAA